GGGGGAUAGAGUCGCGGCCGAUAAUGUGAUCGCCAGCCACCCCCAAAAGAACGCUUUCUUCAACUCUUGAGCCCAUUUCACAUCGCUUCCAAGUCGGUGUUCCAUCGUCGUCUCGGACUAAGUUCAGGUUCGCAGGCGCCUAUAGCCGUGCAUUCACUGCUCAUCAUGAUUCGAGAAGACCUGGUCAACUCUGCUGUCUCCUUCCUCCAAGAUCCAUCCGUCGCAAAUUCCCCGCUCGACAAACGGAUAGCUUUUCUCCAGUCCAAGAACCUCACCCAAGAAGAGGUCGACAUCUCCCUAGCUCGCGCCGGCGAUGGCUCCUAUGCAGCCCCGGUAACGCAAGCACAAGGUGCAAACUAUGCAUAUCGGCCGCCUCCUCCACCCGGAUAUGGACCAGCGGGCUACUGGCCACAACCACCACAAGAAGCUCCAAGAAGAGAUUGGCGAGAUUGGUUCAUAAUGGCUACCGUUCUCAGUGGUGUGAGUUACGGGCUAUACUUCACCGCCAAGCGCUACAUCUAUCCACUCAUCGCGCCUCCUACACCUCCGCAAUUGGAACAGGAUAAGGCAUCAGUAGAUGAAGCAUUCAACCGCGCAUUCGCCCUCCUCGACCAGCUGAACACCGACACCACCGCUCUCAAAGCUUCGGAAGAAGCUAGAACGCAGCGACUGGAUACUGCUUUGGCAGAUAUGGAGGGCGUAAUUACAUCGCUCAAAGAUUCGUCGAGAAAACGAGACGAAGACAGUCGGCGCAUAGAGGAUGAUGUUCGCGGAUUGCGCAACCUUAUACCAAAGGCUCUAGAAUCUCACAAAGAGACUACAAGCGCACAGCUGAAAGAUCUCGGGAAUGAGUUGAAGAGUCUCAAGACACUUGUCGCAAACCGAAUGAGUGCGGGAACUGCUCCGGCCACCACUCCACGACCCGUUGCAACGACUACACACAAUCAACCAGGGAUCCCAGGCAUUAGUGGAUCAUCUACAGGUAUUCCACCAAGUCCAGCUCCAGUGGCACCGGCCACCGCAGCGACAACAUCAAACGGAGUGAAUAAUGCGUCCUCUGAGGGGGCUCCAGCAGCAGCAGCCGCAUCGGAUAAACCACAAAGCCCUUAUGGAAGGUUUACGAAUGGACGUGCAGCAAUUCCUGCCUGGCAAAUGGCUGCUGCAAAGAAGAACGAUGAAAAGAAAGACACUGCAGAGAGUGGAACCGUGACUGAGACAACGCCAGGUUCAUGAACAUUAACGAUGCAGACUGUACAGCGUGGUUCGUGGACGUGAUGCCAAUGAGAAUUGAGUUUUCGACGAUGUAGUUAAUACAAGCUUCCAAAUUUGGACUCACG